CAGAGCGGGCGUCCGCUUGUCUGUCUGUCUGCCCGCAGGAUGACGGAGCGGCCGCCGAGCGAGGCGGCCCGCAGUGACCCCCCGCUAGAGGGACGGGACGCGGCCGAGGCCCGCAUGGCCCCUCCGCACCUGGUCCUGCUGAACGGCGUCGCCAAGGAGACGAGCCGCGCGGCCCCCGCGGAGCCCCCGGUCAUCGAGCUCGGCGCGCGCGGCGGUCCGGGGGGCGGCCCCGCCGGUGGGGGCGGCGCCGCGCGGGACUUAAAGGGCCGCGACGCGGCGGCGGCGGCCGAAGCGCGCCAUCGGGUGCCCACCACCGAGCUGUGCAGACCUCCGGGGCCCGCGCCCGCCUCGGCCCCCGCGGAGCUGCCCGGCGACGGCCGCAUGGUGCAGCUGAGCCCACCCGCGCUGGCGGCCCCAGCCGCCCCCGGUCGCGCGCUGCUCUACAGCCUCAGCCAGCCGCUGGCCUCGCUCGGCAGUGGGUUCUUUGGGGAGCCAGAUGCCUUCCCUAUGUUCGCCACCAACAACCGAGUGAAGAGGAGGCCCUCCCCUUAUGAGAUGGAGAUUACUGAUGGUCCUCACACCAAAGUCGUGCGACGCAUCUUCACCAACAGCCGAGAAAGAUGGCGGCAGCAGAAUGUGAACGGGGCCUUUGCUGAGCUCCGCAAGCUGAUCCCCACACAUCCCCCAGACAAGAAGCUCAGCAAGAAUGAGAUCCUCCGCUUGGCCAUGAAGUACAUCAACUUCCUGGCCAAGCUGCUCAAUGACCAGGAGGAGGAGGGUACCCAACGGGCCAAGCCUGGCAAGGACCCCGUGGUGGGGGCUGGUGGAGGAGGCGGUGGGGGAGGGGGCGGUGCACCUGCAGACGACCUGCUGCAGGACGUGCUCUCCCCCAACUCCAGCUGUGGCAGCUCUCUGGAUGGGGCCGCCAGCCCGGACAGCUACACAGAAGAGCCGGCACCCAAGCACACGGCCCGCAGCCUCCAUCCUGCCAUGCUGCCAGCCGCUGAUGGAGCAGGUCCUCGGUGAUGGGGCCAGGGCCACUCAGGACCGGCCAGGAGGGCAGCCUCAGGCUGCUGGGACCGUGGGCUUCGGGGCAGGUGGGGUGAGGAUUGGGCAGCUCUGAAGCAGGGCAGUGGACUUGAUGAGCCUUCCUUGAUGUCUGAACUUUGGGAAGUCUUAACUGCCCCAGCUGGCUUUCCUGUUUCCUGACUCAGUGGUAGAACAGAAAAAUGGAGCAAAGUGGUAGGUACUUUUUAUGAAGACGGCACGGUCUUCCCCUCCCCCAAAUCCCUAAGACUUUAAAGUAAAGAGCUCAACUGGCACUGCUUUUGGCCUGGAGCUUGGGACCCCCGUCUUUGCUGAGACUUGGGGUUGUCGGCUCUCCC